UAUUUUGCUACCUCUACCAACUUAAAGUUCUCCGGUUCUAUUUUACCAUAAGAGCCCUGAAAAGUGUGUGUGUGAGAGAGAGAGAUUGGUGAUGUCUGCUCCUGCGGUGAAGAGUGUAGCCGUCUCGGCUUUUCGGGCGGUGUUCCACCGUGUUCGGCAGGCGGCGGAGAGGUCCGGUCGCAGGCCGGACGAGGUGAGGGUGGUGGCAGUGAGCAGGACCAAGCCUAACUCUCUCAUCCGUCAAGUCUACGACGCCGGUCAUCGCUGUUUCGGCGAAUACUACGUCCAAGAAAUCAUAGAUAAAGCACCUCAGCUUCCUGAGGACAUUGAGUGGCACUUUGUUGGGCAUUUGCAGAGCAAUAAAGUGAAACCACUUCUGGCUGCCGUCCCAAAUCUUGCCAUGGUUGGGGGUGUAGACAAUGAGAAGGUUGCAAAUCAACUUGAUCGUAUAGUUUCAAGCAUUGGAAGAAAGCCCUUGAAAGUUUUAGUCCAAGUGAAUACCAGUGGAGAAACAUCAAAAUCUGGUGUUGAUCCGUCAGGUUGUCUAGAGCUUGUGAAACAUGUUAAGCUCGGUUGCCCAAAUCUUGAGUUCUCUGGCUUAAUGACAAUAGGGAUGCCGGACUAUUCAUCUACUCCAGAGAACUUCAGGACACUAUCAAACUGUAGAACUGAGGUAUGCAAGGUACUUGGAUUGACAGAGAACCACUAUGAGCUGUCCAUGGGCAUGACUGGCGACUUUGAGAAAGCUAUUGAAAUGGGAAGUACCUAUGUGAGGAUUGGAUCAACCAUAUUCGGACCGAGGAAGUAUCCAAAGAAACAGCAGAAUCAGUAAUCUUCAUGUAUAUAUCUAUUGAUUGAUGAUUUGACUGCAUUUGCAUAAUUCUUGAAUUGAUAGAAUGCAUUUAUCUUUAAAUUUUUACAA